GAGGAAGUGGGUUAGACGGAUUAGUUGCGAAGGUUAGCGUGUGUCUGUUGGCUGAUGCGAGGAUUAUGCGGAUAGGAGGUCCGGGGUGUGUAUGGGUGUUGGUGUUUGUUGUAUUGGAGAGGGAGGAGGGAGCGUGCGCCGCGUAUAGAUGCUGGUUGUGUGUGGAAUGUUUGUUGCCCUGCCACUCGUUUUGUGGGGUUCUGUAUCACUAUGCAGAAUGUUGGGGCGAUGGAGUAGGCGGAGCGCCUGUAGCACUGAGGAGCAAGUGCGUUAGAACGAUUGUAGUGGAAUUGUGGGUGCGAGGAUUUUGUGUGACGGACGAGGAUCAGUUGAGAUGCGUGCAGCGGAGUGGUGGUUGA